AUGGAUGGCGGCAAGGUAACGGUGGGAAGAACGGCGGCACUCUAUGCUGGCGCCGCCGUUCUGCGGCUUGCCAUUUUUACUCUUCUUCCUGAUCUCCCGGAUCUGUUGACCGGCCGCGUCGAGAUCUCAACCCCAGUCACCAGCUUCAAGCGCCAAGGCCUCUUUCUCUAUAACCACAAUGUGUCGCCAUACGAUGGUGGUGUCUACCACCAAGCGCCCCUUUUCCUUCCGCUGUUCUCCCUACUCCCGAAUGCAUUGAGCUACCCGAUAUUUACCUACCUCCUCUACAUCGCGAUCGACUUGUUGAGUGCCAGCGCACUAUGGAAAAUUGCGGACUCGGGCGAGGCAGGUUCAUCUGCCCUAUUUACAUCCCCGCGUCGCGAAAGGAGAUGGAACGGAUUCAUCAUUGCAGCUAUCUUCCUUUUCAACCCCUUCACCGUGGCAACAUGUCUCGGAAGGUCCACAAGCGUAUUCACCACUUGCGCGAUUCUCCAUGCCAUCGCCAAGGCCGUGUCCGGCGCACCCUUCAGCGCCAUGGUUGCGCUGUCCUUUGCGAGCUAUCUGUCGAUGUACCCGUUAUUAUUACUUCCGCCGCUUGUUCUACUUUGCUUCGACAGACAACGCCCCGAACGAGCCAACAAAUCAGUCGUCUCUUUUGCCGCAUCACACGUUCCGGUUGUGUUCGGUGUGCUGGGACUGUUGUUCGGCAUGUCGUAUCUUAUCACAGGCUCAUGGGAAUUCCUGCCAUCCACAUACGGUGUGCAGUUGACUCUGUCAGACCUGACACCCAAUGUCGGCCUGUGGUGGUACUUCUUUAUCGAAAUGUUCGACUCCUUCCGGUCCUUCUUCCUGGCAGUCUUCUGGCUUCACCUCUCUUGUUACGUCGGCGGUCUUUCCGUCCGGAUCCGGCGGCAACCCUUGGUGGUGUUGACCCUCCUUCUUGGAAUAUUCGCCAUCUUCAAGCCUUAUCCUAGCAUCAGCGACACGUCACUCUUCUUGGCCAUGGUGCCAUUAUACCGGCACGUCUUCCCACUUAUGCGCUACAGCUUCGUUAUUGCGGCAGUCAUCAUGUAUGCCUCUUUCCUUGGGCCGGCAUUCUAUUAUCUUUGGAUCUACGCCGGCAGCGGCAAUGCCAACUUUUUCUACGCCAUUACUCUUGUGUGGGGACUGGGACAGAGCCUGUUAGUUUGCGACCUCAUGUUUGCGGUGUUGAGAGAUGAAUGGGAACUGGAAAGGCCCGAGAUGGCGGGUAAGGAGAUCAGGCAAAUAUGA